AUGACGAGCUUGUGUCCAAAUGUUUACAAAUCGAUUCAAGUUUGUGCCAACACCACGACGCAUGAAACCUCAUGCUACUGCGAGGCCUUGAUAGAGAACAGAUGCACCGGAUUAUGUAUCGCAGGUUCCCAGGCCAACCAGUAUUUAAACUAUAUUCUGCCCGAGUGCGAGGGAGUGUUGUCAAAUUCAUCACCGGCAAAUACCACUGCCAAUACAUCCCUGAAUUUCACCUCGAGCUGGCCAGACUAUACGAAUCUGACCGACACAGCAUAUCUUAGGCUGUUCCCUUGGAGGUGGGAUCUUCAAAGCAACAGUUUGGAGCUAGCCAAUGGUACAGCCACCAGACCGAGUAUUGAAGCAUCUGAAAAGCUGGGACAAUGUCCUAAAGUCCAGUCUGCACUGGUCUCUUUCGCUAUUGUGAACGCGGUAGUCUUCCUGGCGUCAACCAUUACAGCAAACCGUCACGUCGUUUAUUUUGUUACAUGCCACAUUUUCGGUGGUAAAGAAGGCGGUAAAUGGUGGCCUGCCUCCGCUCUUCUUUCAGUGGCGAUCAACCUUGCUGGGAACGUCAUCAACGCCCUUCUCAUCAUCAGAACUCCAGGCUAUCGUCAUGUUCCUCUGUUGCCUCUGGUACUCCUGUGA